CAGUAGGUGUUUUGUGUAACGGUCAAUCUAAGAGUGGUUAUACUUUUUUCCAUGUUUUUAAUCGAGUGGCCAUGACGGAGUAAGCGAAUUGCUAAUUUAAGCCUAGGCGGUCCAGCCAUACCUACUAUUCCAGCCAUGUCCCUACCGCUGCCCCUUCACCAAUGUCCCCGCUUUCCCUUCCCGCCCCAAGGAUCAUAACAGGGGGGUAAGCGUCAGGCUGAUACAGUGUGCCAGUGCGGCAGGCAUGACCUGUCCGGUCUGGCGUCAACACCUGUGUACGCAUCCUGUACAUGCGUUGUUUAAAGACUUAUUUACACCAUAUCGGCGUGCCCGCGUCAGCCACACCACUUUAUCGCCUGUCGACAUCACCAUGGGUUCCAUGAUCAAGAAUCUUUUGAAAAGGCUGCGCAAAUUGCCCGACGGCGAGAUCAUAAGUGAAGCAGAGUUCAACAAUCCUCUAAGUUUCCUACAGCCUUGGGGCUUCACCAUCUAUCGAACGUACUAUGGGCCCGGAUCUGAUCGGCAAUGGGACGAGCUGAUCCAGACCAUUACCAAUGGCGCCAAGGAUGCAGUCAGAGGAAACGCAAAAUCUACCGAUGACCCUGCCAUGAUUAUCAAAGCAGAGAAACUCUUCAAUUUAGAUACUCGCUCAAAUCCUGCAGUUCUAGAUGGCUUAACACUAGAAGAAGUGCGGCAGCUUUAUCACGAUGGAACGGGAGGCCAGCCAAUGAACACGGACAGGGACCCAUGGCGAAUUUUUAUGCUAGCAGAUACAGAGGUGUUGGCAAACCCUGACCUUGCUAUGAUCAAAUGUGUAGCAGCAGACUACGACGCUGCUGCUUGCGUGCCAAAGAAUCCGCGAUUUGGCCCACAGCGGUACUUUGGGUGGUUGAGAAUGUCUUCAGACCACGUUCUCAAACUAUGGUCUGAAUUGGAGAUAUAUGUCCUUGAACAAAUUGUCAAUCAUACAGCGGGUGGUCCCAGUGCGUGGUGGGAUCCAGAUGAUGGAUGUUGAGCCAGCUUCAAGUCGCAAUUUAUUGCUUUUAUGCUACAUGAUUGAUGCAACGAAGCUGCUUUGCAAAUAGAAAUUCAUUCAACAAUCGCAGUAUCCGUCAUCAAGAUAUAGCGUGCAUAGUAAAUGAAA